AUGGGAAAGCCAAAAACACUUGAUUCAUUCUUUAAGAAAAAAGAUGCGAGUCAAUCAGAAGUUAGUACUUGUACACAUUUAGAAAGACCUUUAGCAACGGAUCUUGAGGCUUUAGUGACUGAUGAGCGUCCCUCCAAAUGUCCAAGAAUUCAACCUGAAGAAAUGAAUGCUACCUUUUUGCAACGUGAUCCAGGAUUACAUCCACAAAUAUGGGAAUUCCCUGUUAACUUACAAGAAGACAUUCGGCGUGCUUAUAUUAGAGCCAAACCAUGUCAACCCAAGCUUUCGGAAUAUCCAUAUUCAGGAAUGGGUCGUCCAGGAUCAGAUGCAUUUACAAGGAAAUGUUUUAACAAUUGGAAAAAGGCAAGCGAUGGGAUGAAUAGUUCUUUAAUGAGACAUGUGGGGAAAGAUCUACAUUCACCACAUAAUAUUGCCGUGAAAUGUUGUGAGGAUCUAUUGAAUCAGUCAGGGCAUAUUGACAAGAUAGUUGAAAAGCAAACAUUACAAGAAACAAAGAAUAAUCGGUUGCAGCUCAAAACCUCUGUAGAUAGUGUUCAAUGGCUUGCAUUCCAAGCAUGUCCCUUUAGAGGUCAUAAUGAAAACUCUGGCUCAAAAAAUCAAGGUAACUUCCCUGAAUUGGUAAAGCUCCUAGCAAGCUAUAAUGACGAUGUUGCUAGACUUGUCUUGGAAAAUGCUCCAAAAAAUGCCAAAUAUACAUCACCCAAAAUUCAAAAGGAAAUCCUACAUAUCAUUGCAAAUAAAGUGCGGGAUGCGAUUAGAAAAGAAAUUGGGAAUGCCAAAUUUUUCAUUCUCAUUGAUGAAGCUCAGGAUGAAUCAAAAAGGGAGCAAAUGGCUAUUAUUUUGAAGUUUGUUGAUAAAGAUGGUUUUAUUAGGGAGCAAUUCUUUCAUAUCGUGCAUGUUAAAAAUACUUCUACAUCAACUUUGAAAAAAGAGAUAUGUGUUGUUCUUUCUCAUUACAACCUCCAAAUUGAAAAUAUUCGAGGCCAAGGAUAUGAUGAAGCUAGUAAUAUGCGUGGUGAAUGA